AUGUCGUCAACUCCCGUGAAGAAACCGGAAAAUAAAGUGGAAGUGUUUAGCACGCCAAUCGGGGAACGCCAGCAACAGAAAAAGAAAAUGGCGGAAGAAUUUCAAGCAACUGUUCUACAACGCGGAGCCGUCAAGGGCAAAAUUACACGGAUCAGAAAUGUUCUGUUCCGGCACGAACAAUCGGAAACAGUUCCGGAUGAGUUUUUGUUGCGCACCCAGUUGAAGACGAUUGACGCUGCCUACGACGAAUUCAACCAGUUCCAGAACAAAAUUUACGCACUUUCGCCUGUUCAUGCUACGGAGCAGGAAGAUAAAUACGUUGAAUUCGAGGAGCUUUACAACGAUGUUCGAACCAGGGUGUGCAGAUUGCUGGAAGGAGCGAAACAAGAAGGAAAGCAUCAACCUCAAAUGAUCGUCCAAACAGCUCCGGUGCAAUCCCAACCAGUUCGAGUACAAUCCGCUCCACACACUCUGCUGCCCACGUUUGAUGGAAAACCAGAAAACUGGUUUAAAUUCAAGGCAAUUUUCACGGAUGUCAUGAGCAAGCACGGUGGCGAAUCGGAUGCGACGAAGCUUUACCACCUCGACAAAUGUUUGGUGGGCGAAGCUUCCGGAACAAUCGAUCAACAGACAAUCAACGACGGCAAUUUUGCAGCUGCCAUGGAACAUCUAACAGCACGCUUCGAAGAUAAAAGGAAGAUUGUCGACAUUCACGUGAGUGGCAUUCUUGGCCUCAAAUCAAUGACAUCCGAAAGUGGCAAGCAGCUACGGGAGCUAGUUGACACUUGUAAGCGGCACGUGGAUGCACUCGAAUUCUAUGAGUUUGAAAUGGACGGACUAUCUGAUAUAAUUGUCGUCAGCAUCCUGGCGUCAAAGCUCGACUUAGAGACGAGAAAAUUAUGGGAAAGCAGCAUCGAUCAUGGCGACAUUCCUCAGUAUACAGACACAAUCAAGUUCCUCACUUCCCGGAGUCAAGUACUGGAGCGAAUCGAGCCAACAAGCAAGCCCAAAAAGUUCAGCAGCAUCGCAACCACGAAAAUUCCUCCGCUGAAAGCAGCAUCUCUGGCAACAUCCAUCGAGUAUCGGUGUAAUUUCUGUGAAAAAUCCCAUCCUAACCAUCAGUGUGGGGAUUUUCUCAAACUUAAUCCGAAAGAACGCUACGAGAAGGCAAAGCAACACGGAGUUUGCUACAACUGCUUGCGGAAGGGGCAUGUCACUGCACAUUGCUCCUCUACCAUGUCCUGCAAGGUUUGUAAGAAGCGACACCACUCUACUCUACAUGUAAACUCUACGUCUAUGGUUGUCGCUGCCGAACAGACUGCUACUACGGUGCCAUCGGCACAAUCGAAUGAAGGCUCUAUGACGCCUAUUACUACGAAAGCUAUCAGUGCUUCUUGCACAAUUCAUCAGCAACAGGCGCUUCUUUGCACCGCGGUUGUGAAUGUAUAUGAUGACAGCGGAAGAGCUCAGCUGUGCCGCGUUCAGCUAGAUUGUGGCUCGCAAGUAAACCUGCUAACGGAAAAACUCGCUUCUCUACUACGAUUGAAGCGUCAAAGUGUCAACGUUGAAAUGACAGGUGUGGAUGGUACAGCGACUCGGGUCACGACCUUGGUACACGUCAACGUGCAAGCACGUAACUACAACUACACAAGUAUCAUUGAGUGUCUGGUGAUCAACAAAAUCACUGGGAUAAUUCCAGCAAAGUACAUCGAUAUUACCACAUGGCCAAUACCAUCCGAAAUGAUUUUUGCUGAUCCGGACUUCCACCAUCCUCAGCGGGUGGACAUGCUGAUUGGUGUUGGCCAUUUCUUUGGUCUCCUGAAAUCGGGUAGAGUCAAACUAGCCGAGAAUUUGCCGUUUGUGCAGGAGACAGUGUUUGGUUGGGUGGUUGGUGGUCUAGCCGACACUACUAGCUGGAGGUACGAUGUGAACCGCUGCAACGUUGUGGUACGGGAAGCGGAUUUAAACGAUCUCGUCGAACGUUUUUGGGAAUCCGAGGCGGUACCAACCGCUUCAAGUUUGUCAGUUGAAGAGACGGCGUGUGAAAAGUUCUAUCAGCAAACCUACAGUCGCGACGCAAGUGGUCGUUACACAGUGAAGCUCCCUGUCCGUAACAAUGUGAGUCAACUUGGCGACUCGAAGCAGCACGCUCUACUCCGAUUUUCUUACCUUGAGAAAAAAUUUGCCAAAGACGCUGAACUCAAGAUGGCUUACUGUGCGUUUAUGGAAGAAUACAAGCAAUUACGUCACUGCCGAGAGAUCGAUUCAUCUGAAGAAGAGGCUGGUGGAUUCUACCUACCCCACCACGCUAUACUCAAGCCAAGUUCGUCUACAACCAAGCUAAGAACAGUAUUCGAUGCUUCUGCACCAUCAAGUUCCGGUCUGUCCUUGAAUGAUACUUUGAUGGUGGGCCCUACCAUUCAAGACCCGCUCAUCGAUAUAGUGCUCCGGCUCCGAACACACGCCUUCGUGUUCACGGCUGACAUCUCUUAG